UACACUACGAAUAAUUAAUGAUAGAGGAAUUUUAUUUCGUACAAUAUUGCGUAAUAAAGAUAAUUUUGGAACUCGUAUCAAUCAACAAGUAAAAAAUUCUAUUUUAAAAGAGAUUCUUUCUUCUGUAAAUUCAAUUUGGUUGAUAUGUUACUUUCGUUUUAAGUAAAUCUUUUUUCUAGAUUUCUUAAAAUUGAAAUGUGUUAGAUAAUUAAAAUCUAUUUUCAUUUUUCUACGAUAAAAUGAUAUUUUCUAUUGAUUAGAUAAAAUCACUGAACAUCUACGAUGCAUCAUUGACAUUACAAAAUGCUCAACGUUUUUGUACAUUGUUGUCGAAUCAAUUUAAUAACUUAAAAACACUUUGAUUGUCUAUAUGGAAUUCAUAUAGGCAUUGGCGAUGGAGACCAUCUCGAAUUAAUGAUGGAAAAAACAAAUCUACAAAACGUAUUGUUAAUCUUAUGUAUUUGCUUGUUAAUUAUUUACAAGAACUUGUUUGGUUUCGAAUAAGCUUUUGUAAUCUAAUUCAUUUUGAUACACCUUAUUUUCCACAUUUAAUUCGACGACAACUAUAUCAAUAUCCACUUAGUCGACAUUGUCGCUUACGACGUUCUUAUCAUAGUAUUGAAAUUUGGAUGUAA